AUGGCCAGAAUAGGCAGAGGUGUACAGAUAGGUCUGUCCUGGGUAAAGACAAAACCUGGUGACACUCCAGACGGAGCCAUUGAAGUAGAGCCUGGCAUCUACGUCUGCCGCGCCCUCUACGAGUGUGAACAAAUACCCGGAAAGUACAUUCCUGCAAUGUGCAAAGCCUUUGUUCCCUACGCUGGCCGUGGACGUUCGGUAAAGGAUUGUGAAGUACUCUGUGACACUCGGUGUCGUGGACAGUCUUGCUGGUAAGCAGAGUGACAGAACCAUAUCCAUUUAUUGAAGGUUUUCCGUACUACCGCGUACUUAGGACAUUUAUAAUGGCCAGCACUCAGCCUGCUUGUGCCAGUGGUCUCUAUCCCGCAGUUAAGGAGACAUUUUGUGCGAGUUCAGUUGGGAUUUUGGUGGUCAUUGGGGUACUCUGAUGGGUCGCAAUACCAGUGAAUCAGUCCACGCAGACAUGCAGUCGACAUGUGCAUAACGAUGCUGGCAUUGACGCAUCAGCUGAUGAGACAUCCGGGUGGCUGACGCAGGGCUGGAUCCUGCAGUGGGUGGUCGUUUGUGAAACUUACAUUUCUUUGCUACCGAAAUGUAUUAAGUAACGCGGAUAAACAACGCAUGUUUAUUUUUGGUGUUUAGGUGUUGUGGCAAUUAAAUCUAAUCCCAUCCCUCUUUGUUCCCGCGACUAUCUUAUUUAAUGAAUGGGGCAGACUGGAGAUAAGAAAUCCAUCAAAGGCAUCAGUAAAUGAUGCUACUGCGAGACCGACAGAGGACAGACUCCGUUACUGUUCAAAGUGCAUUGUCUACUAUACUUUGUGACAAAUUAUUCCUAAAUACUUCAUUGUGCAUUUCACCUUAGCUGUUCAGUCUUCUCUAACGCCAAAGUAUUCCCGUACGGCUCCUUAUUCCAAUAGCUACCAAUGGGUUUCAGCUAGUGGAGGCGAGGUUCCGGAGGGAGCUAUUGUCGGGGGCAUCGCGUCUGAUGGACAACCGCUGUACAUCGCCAAGGCCUCUAUAGAGGAGGAAAUCUGUGUAGGCAAGGUGAGUAGAGGUAUUUAUAAAUUUUUUCCCACUGUAGUCUACCCAUCAUAUAGCCGUAAGCCAAAGCGCCUGGCUCUUAGCAGCCCCUUCUUUUAUAAAUUGUCAACAGUCCGCCUGUGGUAUUAUUACGAAUGGUUUCCACAGAUAGGCAUGGAGUUUGCUCGAUUGGACGGUGAGUAGAUCUCAGCAGAUGGGCCGUAGUUUCGGCUGCUUGCAAUAACGCCUUCGUCAGCCGCAAUCUGCAUGGACACCUUAAGGGAAGAGCAAGGGAGUGAAGUUAUGCUAAAAGCAAUCAGAACUGAUGACCGAUAGGUCGUCUUUGAGUCGGAGUUGCACCAGCUCAAAUUAGAAAAAUUAAGAACCAAAUUAGGUCGACGCACCCCGGUCCUGAGGUUCUACCUUAGCAGAUCAAAUUACCGGCAUGUCUGGUGUAAAGCUCUUCACGUCCACAUUAAAUCAGUUUGCAGAUGGCGACGACGAGUACCUUGUUGCAGACCAGUGACGUUUAAUCACUAUCACUGAGACCUUUUUUCUUAGAAUUCGAGGUUCUCUAUAUUCGAAAAAAGUACCAAGUACCAUUUUUAACAAUAAUUUUCUGCCCUUCAGGUGCAUAGCGGCCACGCCCGGGCCUAUAUGCCGUCUUUCAGUCGCGAACUCUCGGUUAACGACUAUGAAGUCCUAGUUUGGAAGACGGAGUAG